AUGGCAGUUCGUGAUACUUGUGAUCUGUGUGUACAAGGACAUGGUAUAUGCAUAAAAGACAACACACUGUGCCAGUGUUUUGCAGGGUUUGCUGGACCAACAUGUUCAGAUCCGGUUUCGAUUAAUUCGACGAAUAACAGUAACAGUUCAAAUGUGAAUAUUGGUGCGAUCAUCGCAGGUGUCCUUGGUGGUGUUUUGUUAACUCUUACCAUUGGUUUAGUCACAUUCUUUCUUUGGAGAAAACGGAGAGAUCAACGAAAUAAAUCUCUAGAAGUUCCAGUCGCACCACCGAAAGCCGAACCUGUAUCUACUUUGUACAACUUUCCUCUUUCUCAAUACGAUUCGUCUGUUUCGUCAGCAUCAACAAUGACCUAUCAUUUAUAUGAAGAAAUACCAUAA